UAAAGUCAUCUCACUCUUAUUUUCUUCAUUUCCAAUAUUUUUUUCCAGCCGUAAAACCCUUCUUACAUUAGGGUUCUGCUGUUUUUCCCUUUUUCCUCCCCUUAAACCCUAAUUCUUUGGCUGCCAUGGGCAAGUCUAAAAAGAAAUCUACGCCCAAAGUCGAUUCUGCUCCAUUGGCAGUUGUUAAUUCUGAAAACAAAGUCAAAAGAAAUGGUGAAGAUGAAAUUGCGAAAGCAGUAAGUGCAAAGAAGCAGAAGAUUGAGAGAGACGAAACUGUUGUAGCUAAACAAAAGGCGGAGGAAAAUAAGCCUAAGAAAGUUGAAAGUAAUUGUGAAUCUAAGGAUGAUUCUUCCUCAGAAGAUGAAUCUAAGGCUGCUGUGGACCAAACUAAACCACUGAAGGAAGCCCCUGUUGUGGUUGAGGAGACCAAGAAGGAUAACAGCUCUGAUGCUUCUGAUGUUAGUGAUGAUGAGCCAAAGAAGCAACCUGAUGUGGCUUUGAAAAAUGGCUCCAAAAAAGAUUCGUCUAGUGACGAUAUUUCUGAUGAGACCAAGGUUGCUGCUAAGCCUGCUGCAGAAGUGGAGCAGGAGGAUAGCAGUGGUGAUGAAGAAAGCUCUGAGGAAGAUGAAGAGCCUCCCAAGGCAAAUCAGGCAACGCCAGUAGCUGCCAACAAGAAAUACAGCGGCACAGAUAAUUCUUCUGAUGAAGAGAGUGGUGAUGAGGAGGAAAGUGAUGAUGAGAAACAACCAAAGACUCCAAAGAAGAAUACAGAUGUAGAAAUGGUUGAUGCUCAAGAAACCAAGAAAUCUGCAUUGAAAACUCCCGAAACUCCUGCUAUUCAACAAAAUCAAAAUACAGGAGCAAAGACGCUGUUUGCUGGGAAUUUAUCUUUCGAUGUUCAAGAAUCUGAUGUGAAGGAAUUUUUCAAGGAUGCAGGAGAGAUUGCAGAAAUCAGAUUUGCGUCAGAUGCUGGUGGUAGAUUUAAGGGAUUUGGCCAUAUCGAAUUUGCUACUGCAGAAGGUGCUCAGAAGGCCCUAGAUUUAAAUGGUCAGCAUUUAUUAAAUCGUCCUGUAAAACUUGACCUAGCUCGGGAGAGAGGUGCAAAGACUCCUAACACCAGAGAAAAUUCAUUUCAGAAGAGUGGGGGCCAGAAUUUAACGAUAUUUGUCAAGGGAUUUGAUACUUCAGCUGAUGAGGAUGAUAUGAGGAAUUCCUUGAAACAGCACUUUGCCUCUUGUGGAGAGAUGACAAGGGUGUCUAUCCCUCCUGAUCGUGAAAAUAAUUGUCUGAAAGGUAUUGCCCACAUAGAUUUUGUGGACGGUGACGGGUUCAACAAAGCACUUGAGCUUGAUGGAUCUGAUCUUGGAGGUUCUUACUUGACUGUGCAAGAGGGCAAGCCAAGAGAAAGCGGUGGAAGAGGUGGUGGUGGUAGGUUUGGAGAUAGACGUGGUGGUGGUGGUAGCAGGUUUGGAGAUAGACGUGGUGGUGGUGGCAGGUUUGGAGAUAGACAUGGUGGUGGUAGAUUUGGCCGUGGAGGCGGGGGCAGAGGUGGUCGAGGCAGAGGAGGGCGCGGUACAUGGUACACCUAACAGGUUUACUGCAACUGUACCAGGAAGGAAGACUACCUUUGGUGAUGAUUAGUAAACUAUGCAAAUGGCAUGAUAUCUGUUCCAUUCUUUUUAAAAUAUUUUGCGAAGUUUAUGCUCAAUUUUUUUGGGCAAAAAUUUUGUUCCUAAGACAAAAAGUUUUGCUGAGUAGUUUUGUUUAAUUGAAAUAGAGGGAUGUAAUUGUUCUUUGAUAUUUUUUAUGAUAUCUGUCAAAUCUAGAAUACAGAAAAAAAUGGAAUGGACAGGAUUUAUCUCCACUGAUA